AUGGAAGAAUAUGAAAAUGUUUGUCGUACAUGUUUAUGUAAAAAUAAUGCAAACAUAUCUAUAUUUAAUGUUGACCAUAUUGAUUCUAUUGAAUUUGUAACUAUUUUAAGAGAAUGCACUUCAAUACAAAUUGCCGAAUUUGACAAAUUGCCAAAAUUAAUAUGUCAAAAAUGUAUCGAUCAAGUAAAUGUUAAUUAUAAUUUCAAAAAACAAUGCUUAGAAUCACAGGAAACACUUUUAUUAAUCAGCGAAAAGCAUUCAGAUAUUAAUAUUGAUAAAGUUGAUAUUAAGGAUGAAUUAUUGUAUACUGACACUGAUAACAAUUAUCACGAGGACGGUAAUGAUGGCGAUGUCAAAAGUGAAGACUUCGGCGACGAUGAAAAUGAUUUAGAUGCUGACGACGACUAUAACGAAUAUAUUUGUUUAAACGACGGUGAUAUUAAAUACGAAUCAAAUGACAAUAAUAAGAAACAUAAAGCUAAAAAACGAAAAAAUGGAACGACCGAUACGACAGGAACCGAUGACGAGCAACGUAUUAAAUGUGAAGAAUGUAGUUUAACAUUCAAUAAGAAAAGUGGUCUAGAUCAACAUGUCCGUUUAGAGCAUUCCAAUCGUAAAUAUAAAUGUGAUCAAUGUGAUAAAAGUUUUAUUUUAUUGGGAUGUUUAAAAAAUCAUCAAUUAAGUCAUGGUUUCAAUUGUAAAAUAUGUUUACGAAGUUUUGAGAGUGCGGACAUUUUGAAUGAACAUUUAGUCGAGCAUAAAAAUCAAAAUGGUUUUGUGUGUAAAGAAUGUGGAAAAGAAUUUGCGAAAAAAGUUAAAUUAAAAUUACAUUUAAGGACUCAUACAGGUGAAAAACCACAUUUAUGUACGGUUUGUGGACGAACAUUUGCAUUACAAGGAAAUUUAAAUACUCAUAUGCGAAUGCACAAUGGAGUCAAACCAUAUUCAUGUCAUUUGUGUAGUAAAGGUUUUGUACAAUGGUCAUCUUGGAAAAGUCAUAUGAUAACACAUGAAAACGAACGAAUUUUCGAUUGUCCAAAAUGUAAUAAAAGUUUUACACGUAAAGCGGUAUUACGUAAUCAUUUAGCAUUCCAUUCAGACGUACGAAAAUAUUCAUGUCCAUUUUGUCCGAAGAAAUUUAAAACAUCAUCGGAACUUGUUACACAUCGAAAUAUUCAUACCGGUGAAAAAAGUUAUAUUUGUUCAUACUGUAACAAAAGUUUUAAUCGUGCAAGUACAUUACGUGUUCAUAAACGGAUCCACACGGGAGAAAGACCUCACGUUUGUAAAAUAUGCUUUAGAGGUUUUAUUCAACUACAUGUUUUGAACACGCAUUUAAAAACGCAUAAAAUAAACGAAUGAAAUCAUAUAAAUUUCUUUACGAAAAUUGUAUAUUAAUGAAAAAUUUAUGUGUAUGGCCUAAUUAUGAAUAAUUUAAUGAAUUUUAAGUGAAUUUGUUCAAUAAUCUCAAAUGAAUCUCAAUUUUAGUAUUUUAAUUGAUCUAAAUAA